AUGGCAUCAACAAGCAGCAUGCAGCAUUCUGAUGAUGGCAGGAGAGGAUCUGGAGUGCAUUCUGCCGACACUGUCUUCAGCCGGAAAGGAAACGGUGGGAAAGUGUCUCGCCGAGGUAGAAAAGUACACAAAUGUGAGGAAUGCGGCAAGAUGUUCAGCAAACUGAGUUAUCUGAAGACCCACAUGCGGAGCCACACUGGGGAGAAACCCUACAGAUGUGAGGAGUGUAGCAGGAAGUUUAGCCAUCUGUGUAAUAUGAAGAGGCACAUGCGGAGUCACACAGGAGAGAAACCUUACAAGUGUGAGGAGUGCAGCAGACAGUUCCAUCGGCUGAGUCAACUUAAGUCUCACAUGCGGACUCAUACAGGAGAGAAACCCUACAGGUGUGAGGAGUGCAGCAGACAGUUCAGUGAUCUGAGUAAUCUAAAGACACAUAUGCGGACUCAUACAGGAGAGAAACCCUACAGGUGUGAGGAGUGCAGCAGGCAGUUCACUACCCUGAGUCAUUUGAAUUCCCACGUGCGGACUCACACUGGAGAGAAACCCUACACCUGUGAGGAGUGCAGUAAGCAGUUCAGUGUUCUGUACUCCUUGAAGAUUCACAUGAGAACCCACACAGGAGAGAAACCCUACAGGUGUGAAGAGUGCAGUAAACAGUUCAGUGCUACAGACCAGCUACAGCGUCACAUGCGAACCCACACAGGGAAGAAACCCUACACUUGUGAGGAGUGCAGUAAGCAGUUCACUUGUCUGAGUAAUCUGAAGAGACACAUGCGAACCCAUACAGGUGAGAAACCCUACACCUGUAAUAAGUGUAGCAGAAAGUUCAGUAGACAGAGUACUUUGAAAAGACACAUGCAAGUUCACGCUGGAGAGAAACCCUACACAUGUGAGGAGUGUAGCAGGAAGUUUAGCCAGCUGGGUACUCUGAAGAGACACAUGCGGACUCACACUGGGGAGAAACCUUACAGGUGUGAGGAGUGCAGCAGACAGUUCCGUCGACAAGAAACUCUAACGGCACACAUGCGAACUCACACAGGGGAGAAACCCUACAGGUGUGAGGAGAGCAGCAGACAGUUCACUGAGCUGAGUCAUCUGAAGGCCCACAUGCGGACUCAUACUUCAGAGAAACCCUAGACCUGUGAGAAGUGUAGCAGGCAGUUCAAUGAACUGCGUAGUCUGAGGAAACACAUGCAAACCCACAUGUGAGAGACCUGAGGAGGUGAGUCAGGUGACAGAAGAAGUGCAGCAGUGUAUUUGUUUAACUUACGGAGCAUAUGUGGACCCAGACACUAGACACUGUACAUGGGUGUAGGAGGAAGGUUUGGACAACUGAUGAAUAAUGUAGGAAGAUUUAGAGUCAGACAUAACCACUUAUGUCACUAGAGGAGGCUUAAUUUUUUGUGUACUUGUGACGAAAUGUCCAUGUUGUAGUUAUGUAUUGGUGCUUUUGCUAUCUCAUAUAGCAUAUAUUAGAGGCAUGUUUCGUUCACCUUUUUGUUUCCAUUCAUUUAUUCAAGUUAUUUACAUUGCAAAGUAACUUUUUCUUGGUUCACUUGUCAAUAGACAACAGAGGACUUAGAACUAAGCUAAGUUGGGGAUGUAAGACCAUACCAAGUAAUGAUGUCAUUGACUUCAGCCUGUAUCCAAGAAAGCAGUGCAGUGUUUACGUGGUGAAUUUUUAAAACAUAUUACUUUAUUUAGGUGUUAAGUUUCUAUCUCAUGGUGGAUUGCUAUGGCUUUUUAUUUUCCCAGUUUUGAAGCAAUAGAUUGGAUGUUGUUUGAAGCAAUAGCUUCAAUAUUAUUCACAAAUAGGCUACUCAUAAGGUAGAAUGUUGUUCUUGUAUACAUAUUUGUGUAGUGCAUGAUUUCUCUUAGUUUGACAGAACUGUUCAAUAUGUAGAUACACAUAGUUGGAUGUAGCCGUGUUGUAGGUUCUUAGUUUUGACUGAAGUAGGCUGAUAGCAAUAUAUAGAAUAUGAAUGACUUUUUUCUUGUUUGGAGUACAUUCAUAUUGUUACCGCUAACUUUGUUCUUAUACCUUUCAAACCAGGCCCAUGUAAUAGAUAUUGUUCAAGUUAUUGUAUGUAGAGGUGUUUUAUGUUAUAUUUACAUUUGAUUGUUUUAAAA